GUCAACUCUACAAGACCUUUCUCAACGCCAAACACCGUCGCCGAUGUCGCUGUGCUGUUUGUGAUGAUGAUGCUAAGGGCAGCAGUGCAUCGGGAACUUUAAAAGCGUUCGUUUCCCGGGACUGACGAGUAGAGUGUGACUAACAGGGAGGGAGUGGUGGUGUUUCAAUCGAUCGCUUCGGAGUCCGGCGAGGGCCAGAAAGUUGAGAAAAUGUUAUGGCUUCGCUUGCUGGCAGUGAUGGUCUGGGCCUUGCUGAUGGUGGCCGCCCGGGAGUCCUGGCAGAAACCGGGCUGCCAUAAAGUGGGACAUACGCGAAAGAUAAGCAUUCCGGAUUGUGUCGAGUUUACGAUCACCACCAACGCUUGCCGAGGUUUUUGUGAAUCGUUCGCUGUCCCAUCGGAACCGUUUGCCAUCCUUGGCCACAAGCCACCGCAGCCCGUCACUUCCGUUGGGCAGUGCUGUAACAUCAUGGAGAGUGAAGACGUGCAUGUCCGCGUCCUGUGCAUCAACGGUAUCCGCAAUCUUACCUUCAAGUCCGCCACCAACUGCUCCUGUUAUCACUGCAAAAAGGAUUAACCGUCGCUUGGCGUGCAACGCGCGAUGGGCAGGACGCAAGGACAUCCGGAACGGUCUGGAGCGGAAAGGGAGGUAGCAGACGGACGGUCAACCACCGAUUGUUAGCCGAUCAAUUUAUUUACCUCUGAGCCACUUUGUUUGGAGCCAUGGGAUGGUUCGUGUUCGUGUAAUCUACCGAAACAAAUACUAAACAUUUGUACAAACAAUACAUAUACUCUGCAUCAAAUGCGCCAAAUAAAUUGAAACACCUUACA